UGCUCAAGCAUCGGCCCGAACGCGCCGCGGAUGAGUUUUGGGACACAAAGGCAGCCGUAGAGGGGCGUGGUGACGGAGCCGCGAUUUUCCGGUUCACGUGCCUGCUGCCGCUGCUGCCGCGGGAUCUUUUCAGACGCACCAUGGAGCAGCCGGGGACUCUCAACCUCAAUAACGAGGUUGUGAAGAUGAGAAAAGAAGUGAAGAGAAUCCGGGUGUUGGUUAUCCGAAAACUUGUCAGAAGUGUUGGCAGACUGAAGUCAAAAAAGGGUACCGAAGAUGCACUGUUAAAAAACCAGAGGCGGGCACAACGACUGCUUGAAGAAAUUCAUGCUAUGAAGGAAUUGAAACCUGAUGUAGUAACUAAAUCUGCACUCGGUGAUGAUAUCAGCUUUGAAAAAAUCUGCAAAAAGCCUGAUUCUACUGCAGCUGAAAGAGCAGUUGCCAGACUAGCAAUGCAUCCUCUUCUGAAGAAAAAAAUAGAUGUGCUAAAAGCUGCUGUCAAAGCCUUUAAAGAUGCAAGACAAAAUGUUGUUGAAGUUAAAUCAUCAGAGACUGCUUUAGAAGAAAAUCAUUCCAAGGACACUUUGUGUUCAAAUGAUGAUGCCAGUAAGUUACAGCAUGAAGGAACUAUUACCAGUGAGCAAAAAGAGAAAGAAGCCAAAAUAUUGGCAAAGAAACCAAUAAAUUCAAAAGAAAAAAGAACCAAGAUGGAACAUGGACCCAAUGCUGUAGACCUUCCAAACUCUCCAUCAAAGCCUUCUGAAAGGGCUGGUAUAGUUUCUUCUGAGCCCCGGAAGAUACCUGCUGACCCAAAAAUGAAAACCUUAAGUAAAAUCAAAAAAGGGAAAGAGUCCAGUAGCUCCCUUGAUGAUAACAGUGAUGGAGAAGAAUUACAAGAAGAAGAAAAGGAGUAUUUUGAUGAUAGCACAGAGGAAAGGUUUUACAAACAGUCCUCCAUGUCUGAGGAGAGUGACAGUGGUGAUGACUUCUUCAUUGGGAAAGUCAGGAGGACACGAAAGAAGGAAAGUAGUUGCCAUUCUUCAGUUAAGGAACAAAAGCCUCCACAAAAAGUGUUACCUGAGGAAGAUACACUCGAAACCCAUCAGAGUAUAAGAAAUGACAUAAACAAGCCAAGUACAGAAUCAAGGAAGUUUGAGUCUGUGUUUUUCCAUUCUUUAUCAGGAUCUAAAAAUUCUAGAAGAAAUUACAGAGAACAGGCUCCAAAAAACAAAACCCCAGGUUUUCAGCAGAAUGAACCUCAGCUCAAGAAUCUGUUUAAUAAGAGUACACAAAAAGGAUUUCAAGAUACAAAACAGCAAUCACAGCUGCCUCUUCAUCCUUCGUGGGAAGCAAGCAGGAGGCGAAAAGAACAGCAAUCUAAAAUUGCUGUGUUUCAGGGGAAAAAAAUUACAUUUGAUGAUUGAUUAGUAUAGUACCUCAUUUUGUGAACCAGCCCAUUAUUAAAGUUAUGUUUCCAUAAGCCUACUUCAAAUCAACUAUUAAUAUACCCAUGCUGUUACCUGUAUGAAAGAAUUUUUAGAUUAUAGCUAUCUCAGAUUUCCUCAUUUGUGUUUAACAUGAAGGGUAUUUCACAGGUUUAACUCUGUCUUGCCUUGAAAAUAAAUUUUGAGAAGAUACAUUAAAAUAAUAAUGGAAAAUAUGAGGAAAUUGUAGUAAUUUAAAAGAGAUCACCUUUACUGAAAGUUAUUCUUAGCAAAGCUAAGAUAGUAACUUUUAUAUGGGUAUAGAGAUAAUAAAUUAACAAAUACUUUUAUUUUAUUUGUAAUUAUUUAUGGUCUACUUUUUGUCUAUCUUAAAAUAGAUGCCAGGCAGUUUUUGAUUUCAGAAUUAUGUCUCUUUUAGGCAACAUGUAGCAACACAACCAGUAAUUUGUUAUAAAUGUCACUGCAUAGAAAUAUUUAUUUAAAUCAAGAAUGUAUAACAUACAUUUACUGGACCAUAUACUUAUAGAAACAUUUUUUUGUGGAAUCAUGGAUUAGAAUUCAAAAGGCUAAACUCUGAAGGAGGUAUGAUUGAAGAAGCAUUUCCAGAUAACUGAAUGCUGUGAUGAGAUGACUCACUGAGGAAGGAACUACCCUCUAUGGAGUACUGUUAUUUCAAAGGAAAAUGGAAUUUUAAAAAUCCUUGCAGAUGUUUCGCUUUCACUUCUCUGGAAGAAAUUAAGUGUUCUUGGUUAACUAAACAAAGAUAACUAAAUUCCA